UUGGUGGACUGGGAGGGAUAUGGACCGGAAGACAGAUCUUGGGUGGCCUCGAGGGCUGUUCCUACUGCACACUGCAAAGUUGGACUGACUUCUUCUACACUACAGCCUAGUGAUUUGGAUUCGUUUACUGAAUGCUAAUAAACUUCUUGCACAUGGAUGUCACUCUGUCUUCAUGUCGUCGCCCAUGGCCGCAUCACAACUAGGGAUGAGCACUUUUUAAAUUAGUGAAUUUCUCAGAAUUUAGAAAUUCUUCAUAAAAUAAGUGCUUCACUGUACAAACAUUACAGUUGCGUGAAGAUGGCUGAUGAGAGUGGAUCAUCCACACAACCUGAAGAUCAGGGCAGUUCACCAUUGCUCCACAGAAAAGGAAGCAAACAUCAUCCUCCAUCCAUGUCUCCGGUCGAAGAAGAGCUGAGAAUAGUGUUGCUGGGGUUAAACGCAGAUGUUAAAGCCUUAUGUGGGAACACAAUAUUGGGAAAAAAGGUGUUCUCAGAGUCACUGUCCCCCUGGAAUUUGUUUGAGAGACAUGAUGGGAUGGUGCUGGAGAGAUGUGUAAUGGUGAUCAACACUCCUGACCUGCUUGAUUUCAUACACCGUCCUGAUGAGCUAGACAUGAAAAGGUUCUUUUAUUUAACUGACCCUGGACCUCAUGCCCUACUUCUGGUCCUUAAGCCUGGAACAUUUAUAGAUCUAGAGAAAGAAGCUCUCAAGCUCAUUAACAACAUUUUUGGUUCAAUUGCAUCUGAGUAUGUAACUGUCAUCUGCAUGCAUGAUGAGAAGGAGUUUGCAAGCAAUAAAGACUCUGACAAUUUUAACAGAGCCAUUGAGUCUCUCCAACAGACCUGCAGAUGUCCACACUAUCAUUUAAAGAGGAAUGGAGAUCAAUCAGAAGUGCAGAAACUUCUGGAGAGCAUCGAGAAGAUGGUGGAGGAUAACAGAGGCCAUCACCUGAAGAUUCCUGAUAAAACAAGGCCAGCUGAGAUAAUGAGCCAAAGAUCAAAUGUACUGCCUUUAGAGGCAAACAAACCACUGCAAGGAAUUCCUGUUUCCAGUCUCUCAACCAGACGGAUUGUUCUUCUGGGUAAAAGUGGUGCUGGGAAAAGCGCAGCUGGAAACACAAUACUGGGACAGAAAGAGUUCAGAUCUGAGAUGGGACUGAGAUCAGUAACCCGUAAAUCAUCUGAGAAACACACCACUGUUUCAGGCAGAUCUGUGUCUGUAGUUGAUACUCCUGGAUUCUUUCACGCACAGAUAAAAACUGAAAAGUUAACUUUAGAGGUAGAGAGAUGUGUUUAUUUAUCCAGUCCUGGACCGCACGCUUUUCUCUUUGUGUUUCCUGUGAUUAUGAGAUUCACUGAGAUGGAGCAGCAGAUUCCUCAGAAGAUUAAGAUGAUGUUUGGUGAGGAAGUGUUAAAAUACUCCAUCAUCCUCUUUACUCAUGGAGAUAGGAUACAAGAACCCAUAAAGGAACUCAUUAAGCAGAACUGUAAAUUAAAAGAUUUAGUGGAUCAGUGUGAAGGCAGAUAUCACAUCUUUAACAAUAAAAAUCUGAAUGACAGAGAGCAGGUGAACGAUCUACUGCAGAAGAUUGACAUAAUGAUAGAGCAGAAUGGAGGAGGACACUACAGUAUUCAGAUGUACAAGGAUGCUCGCAGAUUCAGACGAGAGGAAGAAGAGAGGAAAAAGCUACAAGAAAAAGGUUGUGGAAUAAAAAUGCAGGGCACACACUUAUUGCCGAAAAUGUGCUUGCAGUUGGUCAUGCUGGGAAGAACAGGAGCUGGGAAAAGUUCAACAGGAAACACAAUACUGGGACGACAAGCUUUUAGUUUAAUGAAAUGCUACAAAUCUGUCAGUCGAGAUAUUGCUGCAGAAGUUGGUGAUGUUUGUGGAUUCACAGUCAUUGUUUAUGACACACGAGGACUUUCUGGUGCAGAGAGAGAGGAAGAACUUGGGCAAUAUGAACAGGUCCUCCAGAAAUGUGGAUCAGGCCUGUUUGUGUUUCUGCUGGUUCUCCAAGGAGACAGAUUCACUCAAGAAGACCAGAAAAUUGUGGAGAAGUUUGAGGAGCUGCUGAAAGAAAAACACAUUGAAAACACCUGGAUUCUGUUCACCAGAGGAGAUAAGCUGGAUGAAGAAGGCAAGACCAUAAAUGAAGUCAUUCAUGAGACUGAAUUCUUGAAGAAACUCACUCAGAAAUAUGAGGGCAGAUUCCAUGUGUUCAACAACAUGACAAAAGGACAGAGUGACCAAGUGAAAUCUCUGAUAUCUAAAGUUUUCCAGAGGACCUUACAGAGAUUUUCCAAAAAGCCUUGGCAAAAUAUUCCCAUCAAUAUCCAAGACAUCUCUGAGGACAGUCGCUCAUUCAGAAGGAUUGUGCUGCUGGGUAGGAGAGGUGUCGGCAAGAGCGCAGCUGGAAACACAAUACUGGGACAGAACGCGUUUAAAUCUACAGAUGGCUCAAAUGAAGUAACCCAUGAAUGUACAGAGAAACGUGCCACAGUUUCAGGCAGUAAAGUGUCUGUAGUUGACACUCCUCCAUUCUUUGACACAGAGAUGAAUCCAGAGCAGUUAAUGACAGAGAUAGCCAGAAGUGUGUAUUUAUCCAGUCCCGGACCACACGCUUUUCUUAUUGUGUUUAAUGUGAAUAUGAAAAUCACUGAACAUGAGCAGAAGAUUCCUCAGAUGAUUGAGACGAUGUUUGGAGAGGGAGUGUUAAAAUACUCCAUCAUUCUCUUUACUCAUGGAGAUCUGCUGAGAGGAGAACCCAUGGAGAAACUCAUUGAGAAAAACAACGCAUUACAAUGUCUAGUUGAUCAGUGUGGAGGCAGAUACCACGUCUUCAACAAUAAAGAUCAGAAUAACAGAAAACAGGCCUAUGAUCUGCAGCAGAAGUCUAACACAAUGAUAGAGCAGAAUGGAGGAGGACACUACAGUAACCAGAUGUAUGAAGAUGCUCACAGAUUUAAACAAGAGGAAAGAGAGAGGACACUGGGAGAAGAGGAACUGAGACAGAGAGAGGAAGAGAGGAAAAAACCACAAGUGAAUUAUUUUCGCAGUGUUUUAAUUGUUACUGCUGUGUGUGCUGGAGCUGUUGUUGCUGCCCUUUUUGGUGCUGCUCUUGCUGGAGCUCCUGGUGUUACAGCUGCUGUUGGAGCUGUUGUUGGAGCUGCUGCUGCUGGAGCUUUUGAUGAUAUAGCUGCUUGGACACAGAGGAGGCAGAGAGAGGAAGAGGAGAGAAAACAACUGGAGGAAAAUGAAGAAGAGCGCAACUUGAGAGAUUAAAAAAAGAGACAUGCUUAUAAAGAAGUUAAAAAGUCAACUGUGAAGAAUGAAAGAUAGACAGAAACAAGGAACAGACUGAACCGCAAUCAACUGCUAAUAAAAUCAGCCUGUAAGAAACACAUCUUAGUUUCUUUAUAAUCUUCAUCAUCGUCAUCACUAGCCAGGUUUCCAUCCAAGGACUUUUUGGCAAAAAAGGUUUAGCAUUUCACAAAUGUUCACACAAUCUUUUUGAAAAAUGCUUUUUGUCACGAAAAAGGGUUUUAAUGCAAAAUUAAUGUGGUGUCAGAUUACAGAAUUAACCUAUACAUGAAUAAAUGAACGAAUGAAUGAAUUGCUAUACACCCAAAGCGCUUUACAACGAGGGGUCUCUCCUCAACCACCUGGAUGAUGUGAUGGCAGCCACAGGACAAUGGUGUGCUCACCACACACCAGCUACAGGUGGAGAGGAGAGAGAGUGAUCAAGCCAAUUCAAUGAAUGGGGAUUAUUAAGAGGACACGAUUGAUAAGGCUCUAGUGGAGAAACUUUAGCCAGGACACCAGCGAUACACCCCUACUCUUUACGAGAAGUGCCAUGGGAUUUUUAAUGACCACAGAGGGUCAGGACCUCAGUCUAACAUCUCAUCUGAAGAAUGGUGUCCACAUGCAGUGUCUGCGCUUUUGUGUUGCAUUCUUUUUUUCAAGUUUUAUUUCCAGUGGAUGAGGAAAAUGUAUUGUCAUGAAAAUCUCAGCACCUUGCCAAAAUU